UCAUUCCCCCUCUCCUCUCCUGUCUGCGCUGUCUUUUCCUUGGGGUUGAGGCAGGCAGGGAGAAGUGCUGCUCUGGAGAGUGACGGUGCUCGGGAGACAACACGUUCAGCCGCUGUUGUAAAACGCAAGAGGUGGACUAAAUGUCAGGCGCCACCGCUCGCCUGUUCUUCCUCUUUCCCCUCUCACUCUAUCGCUCUCCUGCUCUGCUCUGGCUGUCUCUAUCUGCAGCUCGCUGGCUGGCUACUCUCUCUCUCUCUCGUUGACUAGGGCUUGGCUGGCUGAGCAGCGGAGUGAAUUAACGCAGUGGACUACCUGCUGCCUGGGGAUUGUGUGCGCUGUGAAUACUCCGUCAAUACGCAAAGCUCCAAGUUGUUGUUUUGGCUGCCAGUGAAUGGGCCUGUCCCUCGGAGGAGCAACUCGAAGGAGAUCAUCCGCAGCCAAGCCCAGGACAAGCAACCGGGAGUAGCCUMUGGAGCAGGAACAGACAGAAGGAGUGGAUUCUUGAGAAAAAGGAGAAAAAAAGAGGGAGACUGAGCCAGAGAGAGAGUGAAAUGAGCAACUGAGCAGCUUCUACUCUCAAUGAAGAAGGGGUGAAUAAGCGACUGCUUUUUUGAAAAGGAGAAAACCAACUUGACACUCUCGGACAGAGGGCGAUAACAAGACCCCCCUUGCGAUUUGUUUUUGGAUGAAUAUGCCAUCAGGGGUGGACAACACGAGGAAAGAAAGAGAAAAAGUAUUCAGGGCUUGUUGUUAAUUUCUCAUCUGGCACAGACUUUUCCCCUCUUUCUUUCCUUCUCUCUCCAUUUCUUUUGUGGGUUUUCUUUAGUCUGUGGGUCGGCUGAGGUUUGUCGCUUCUCUGUAUAGCCGGACUCAGGCGGAACAGAGCUGAGGAGAAGACAACUCAUGUUGAGGUACAGAGCUGGGGGCGUAAAUUGUUCCCCUCUCCAACUUUCCGCCCUCUCUACUUCUUCUGACCUGUUUUCUCCAGACUCCAAGGGUGGCCCCCACAUGCGAGUGGCGAGGGGGAAGGGGGCCACAGUGUUUUGAACCGAGGAAGUGGGUGGUGAAAAAAAGAACCCCCUUCACGCUCCUAAGAGCAUAUGGUUAAUCGAGUGGUGGCCAGCUGCUUACUAGCCCCCCUGCUAAAUACGCUAACGCUAGAUACAAGUGCGCAGCGACGGGGGAAGCUUCGUGCUCCGUGCUCGGAGAAGACAGUCGCAUUGCCGUGUUGCUGUUGCCUUUAUUUCGGUCCUGACUAGAGCUAUAAGGAACAAUAAGCCGGCGGGCAGCCAAGUGAAAACAAAGAGCCGGUUGUUGUUGUUUUCCUUGGAGCGUUUUGUAAGGAAAAGAAAAGGAGGCUAAUGAAUGUCUUCAGAGCGCCAGAGCUGCCGGAGCUCUAGCCCCAAGCUCCCAGUUUAUCAGCCACAGGAGGCUGAAGAAAGAUGCUCCCCCGCCAAAUCACCAGCAGCUACUCUUGACGAAUGCUGUGGUAGUGUGGCGGAACCUGGCUUGUUUUGUGAGGGAUCCUGGGGCAAUAAGGAGACCAGUGUGUUUUGCAACAGUGGACCAGUGCUGCAAAGAGAUCAAGGAGGCUUCUUACUGUAAUUACUGUUGAGUUACUGUGGAACUUUGGCACCUUUUGAACUAGCACGUGCACACACACACACACACACACACACACACACAAACAGAGACACACACACACAUUUACACUUUCAUACUGUACAUAUAUUCACUCCACAUACGUACACACCAAUCUGUUGUCAUCUCCUUUCCAGUACUUGGAUUAAAAUGGAGGUAGCGUGGACAGCUGGGGGCCUAUAGCAGUGCAGGCCCACACCCUUCUGUCCUCUUCCCACCAAUGGAUGUUAUUACUGUCCAAAAUGAGUUGCCUGGAAACCAUUGAAAGCUCCUCAACGCAUCUUUCUGAAAGCAACUGCGACUCCCUCCCCACGGCGGAACACAGCUGGAUUCAGGGCUGAAUCUACCAACUAUUACCCAGUCUAUCAUUCUGUCCUCCCUCGUUUCUGGUGUCAUUUUUAUUCCUUGGUUCAUCGGGUUCUUCUUCUCCCACCCCGUUACCCGUACCUUCCCACCGGGCGGACGGACUCUGGAAGUGGAGUAUGACCAGCUGCCAUUACCCCACGCCGCCCCCGGAGCGGGACCGGAUGUACCAACACAAGGUGUCCCUGGUGGUGCGCUACUUUAUGAUCCCCUGUAACAUAUGUCUCAUCCUGCUGGCCACCUCCACGCUGGGCUUCGCCGUGCUGCUCUUCCUCAACAACUACAAACCUGUUCACUUCACGCCGGCCCAGCCUCCUGACGGUUGCAGAGGUAUGCUGUGCGGCUUCGGGGCGGUGUGUGAGCGUGAAGCGGCUGACCCCUCUAAGGCGGAGUGCGUAUGCAAGAAGAUGGUUUGUCCGUCGGUUGUGGCGCCCGUGUGCGGCUCAGACUCCUCCACCUACUCCAACGAGUGCGAGCUGGAGAAGGCCCAGUGCAACACGCAGCGACGCAUCAAGGUGCUGCGCAAGGGACCCUGUGCCCUGAAGGAUCCAUGCAGCGAGGUGAUCUGCAGUUACGGCAGCACCUGCAUCCAGUCAUCGGACGGCCUGUCGGCCAAGUGCAUGUGCCCGCUGAGCUGCGAAGGCAAGCCCGAGCAGGUGAUGUGUGGCAGCGAUGGCCAGGACUACCACAACGAGUGUGAGCUCCACAAGCAGGCCUGCCAUACCAAGAAGAACAUCCGCCUUCAGCGCCAGGGAUCCUGCAACCCAUGUAAAGGCCUCGAGAACAACCUGAACGUUGCAUGCCGGGUGGAACCGCGCACCCACCAGCCCCUGAAUAUCCCCCGCCCGGAGUCCUGCCCAGCCGUCAAUGAGCCACUGUGUGCCAGCGACGGGCAGACGUACGAGAGCGAGUGCCAUAUGAAGCGGACGGGCAUGCAGAAGGGCAUUGACCUCAGGAAGAUCCACCCGGGCCGCUGCAAGAAACAAGAGGAGUGCAGGGAGGAGUGCAAGUUCAACAGCGUGUGCCAGGUGGAGCGUCUGGGCAUGCGCUGCUCCUGCGASCCCAUCCAGUGCGACGGCACCUACAAGCCGCUGUGCGGCAAGGACGGCCACACCUACAUCAACGACUGCGAGCGCCGGCGGGCUGAGUGCCAGGCCAAGGCCCAUAUUCCAGUCAAGCAGCAAGGCCCGUGUGAUCUACACACUCCCAGCCCAUGCCUGGGGAAGGCCUGCGAGUUCGGGGCCGCGUGCGUGGUGAAGAACAACGAGCCCGUGUGCGAGUGCCAUGGCGCCUGCCCCCAGAUGCCCGACCUGGUGUGCGGCAGUGACGGCCACAGCUACGGCAGCCAGUGUGAGAUGAAGGCCAUGGGCUGCGCCCUGCAGAAGGAGAUUCACAUCCAGCACCGAGGACCCUGCGACGAGGCGUGUGCCAACUGUUCAUUUGGGGCGAUCUGCGACGGGCAGUCGGGCCGCUGUGUGUGCCCGCAGGAGUGUGUGGAGUCCCACCAACCGGUGUGCGGCAGCGACGGCUCCACCUACGACAGCGAGUGUGAGCUCCACGUGCGUGCCUGUACCGAGCAGCUUGACCUGCGCGUGCUCGCCCAGGGAGAAUGCAAGACGUGCGGCAGCGCCGUGUGUGCCUGGGGGGCCCGCUGCGUCCAGAACAAGUGCGAGUGCCCGCAAUGCCAGGGCCAGGCCUUCUCGCCCGUGUGCGGCAGCGACGGCUUCACCUACGACAACACCUGCGAGCUGGGUGUGGCCUCCUGCGUCCUCAAAAAGAAGAUCGAGGCGGCCAAGCCUGGCAGCUGCGACGAAGAUUGUGGUUCAGGAGGAUCGGGGUCAGGUAUUGAGAGCUGCGAACAGGACAGGUGUCGUACGUUCGGAGGAUCGUGGGACGAGGACGCAGAGGACGACCGCUGUGUCUGUGACUUUGACUGCCAUCGCGUGCCUCGCAACCCGGUGUGUGGCUCAAAUGGGAAGACCUACAGCAACGAGUGUGAAAUGAAGAAGGCUAGGUGUGAAAAGCAGGAGCACCUGCUGAUCCAGAAUCAGGGACCCUGUAUAGCGAUUUCGGCCACCUCUCCGACAAAGCUGACAGCGCAAGAACACUGCAGUCUGUCAGUCUAUGGCUGUUGCCGUGACAACAAGACGGCGGCCCUUGGUGUGGGACUUGCCGGAUGCCCCAGUACAUGCCAGUGUAACCCGUAUGGCUCCUACAAGGGGACUUGUGACCCGGGCAGCGGCCAGUGCUCCUGUAAGCCCGGCGUCGGGGGACAGAAGUGCGACCGCUGCGAUCCAAGCUUCUGGAACUUCCGCGGCAUCGUCACAGAGAACUUGAGCGGCUGCACACCGUGUAACUGCGACGCGGUGGGCUCAGUGAGGGACGACUGCGAGCAAAUGUCAGGCCUGUGCUCCUGCAAGACGGGAGUGAAGGGCAUGAAGUGCAACGUGUGCCCCGACGGCAGCAAGAUGGGUAUGAGCGGCUGCGACACAGGUGCCGAUGCCCCAACUUCAUGUGAUGAGCUGGACUGCAAGUUUGGCGCGUUGUGUGACGAGGUCAACGGUCAAGCCCACUGCGAAUGUCCCUCUCCCGACUGUGACGAGAAGAACAAGACCAAGGUGUGUGGCUCUGAUGGGGUGACCUACGCUGACCAGUGCCAGCUGAGGACCAUUGCCUGUAGGCAGGACAAGCACAUCACAGUGGAACGCUUUGGCCAGUGUACAGAAAGCAUCAUAGAGCCGGCCGGCCGACCCACUCUUUACCCCCCCACCUCCCACGCCGCCGCCACCACCCCCUCCACCGCCCACGUCAGGCUCACGUCGCCGCACUACGGCGCAUCACUCUCUCCCUGGGACGAUGAUCAAACGGAGGGGCCCCCGGCCUCUUUCGUGGAAGCCUUGCCGCCCCCCAUGGCCACGGAGGCCGCACCACCACCAACCGCCCGUCACCACCCCCCGCCACCCACCUCACUCCACCACCCCCCGCCUGCCCAGCCACACCAGCCCUGGCUCCUCCCCGGAGACGACCAGGUGGCAGAAGAGGAGGAGAAUGAGGAGGAAGGUAGCGCCUUCGGCGUUCUGGAGGCGAGCGGAGAGGAGCCAGUUGACCCCACAGCCGCGGCCACCACCAUCCCCACGGCGGAAGAUCGCUCGUCGUGUGACAACACUCCCUUCGGCUGCUGUCCCGACGGCAAGACGGCCUCCAGCAGCUCUGAGGGAGCCAAUUGCCCCCGUACAUUGAGGUUCAGCGGCUUCCUGCACCUAGACCAGGUGGAGGGCCAGGAGGUGUUCUCACACCCCUGAGAUGGAGGAUCCAAGUCUGAGCUGUUUGGGGAGACGCCAGGAGCAUCGGAGAGUGCUCUGAAUGAGUUGUUCCGGAAGUCAGAGGUGCAGAAGGACUUCAUGAGUGUCCGCGUCCGCAGCCUGGCUCCCAGCAACUCCAUCUUGGCCUUCGUCGAGGCCCACUUUGACUCAGAGACCAGGUACACAGUGGAGGACAUCGAGGGAGCCCUGCUCAAGCAGCUGAAGGCAGCCAAGGAGACGGCCAUCAUGGUGAAGAAGCCAGAGGAGGAGAACAUUCGCUUCACCAACUACGGCCUCUCUUCCCUCCCCUACUUCACCACAACCACCACUACAACGGCCACAGCCACCACCCCCACCGCCAGCCCCUCCCCCUUCAUCACAAGCCGUCCCCCGGGCACCACCCGCCGCCCUUACACCAGCCGCCGGACCACCACCGCCCCCUCGCCAGUGACCACCCCGGCCCCCACUACUACCAUCACCCCCCUCCACAGGACCAGGCCUGUGCCCCACCACACCAAGGCCCAGCGGCCCUGCGACUCCCACCCCUGCCGCCACGGGGGCACCUGCGAGGACGACGGUGCCGACUUCACCUGCAUCUGCCCCGCCGGGAGAGGGGGCGCCGUCUGCGAGAAACUGAUCAAGUACUUCAUUCCGUCGUUCGGGGGUAAGUCCUACCUGGCCUUUGACACCAUGAAGGCUUACCACACGGUCCGCAUCGCCAUGGAAUUCAGGGCCGCCGAGAUGACGGGCAUCCUCCUCUUCAACGGCCAGGACGGCAAGAAGGACUUCCUGUCUCUCACCCUGGUCAACGGCAAGGUGGAGCUCAAGUUCAACACAGGUUCGGGCACAGGCACCUUGGUCAGCAAGGUCCAGGUUAAGCAGGGUCGCUGGCACCAGCUGGUAGUGACAAGGAACCGGCGCAACGCCAUGCUGAGCGUGGACAAUGAGACCCACAUCGACGGCGCCAGCCCCCCCGGCACCGACGGCCUCAACCUGGACACACACCUGUUCAUCGGAGGGGUGCCCGAAGACAUGAUGACAGAUGUGAAGGAGAGAACCUCCAUCGGUACGGGUCUGGUGGGCUGUGUGCGCAUGCUGGACGUCAACAACCUGGUGUACAACCUGCAGGAGAAGAGUGGCAACGUGCUGUACGGCACCGGCGUGGGCGAGUGCGGCAACAAUCCUUGCCAGCCUAACCCUUGCAAGAAUGGCGCUCCAUGCCAGGUCAAGGAGGCCGAGAUGUUCCACUGCAAGUGCAUCAACGGCUACUCCGGUCCGACGUGCGCCGACACCCACAACCCGUGCGAGCCCAACAGAUGCCACCCCUCGUCCCAGUGCCAGGUGCAGCCGGAGGGAGGGUACAAGUGCGAGUGUCCCAUGGGUCGCGAGGGACGCCACUGCGAAAAAGUGUCGGAGAAGAAAGGGGCCUACAUGCCGUUCUUUAGUGGAGACUCUUACCUGGAGCUGAAGGGAUUGCACACCUACGGUCACGAUCUCCACCAAAAGGUCAGCAUGACAGUGGUGCUCAUGGCCAAUGACUCCAACGGCAUGAUCUUCUACAGCGGCCAGAAGACGGACGGCAAAGGUGACUUCAUCUCCCUCUCCCUCAACGACGGCAUCCUGGAGUUCCGCUAUGACCUGGGCAAGGGCCCCGCUGUCAUCAGGAGUAAAGAUAAGAUCAAGAUGGGCGUGUGGAACACAGUGAACCUGGAGCGGGCCAAUCGAAAGGGAGAGAUUAACAUCAACGGAAAGGACCCAGUCAGAGGAGAGUCGCCGAACCAACACACCGCUCUCAACUUGAAGGAGUCUCUGUUCGUGGGUGGUGCUCCUGAUUUCAGCCGGCUAGCAAGGGCAGCCUCGCUCAAAGAUGGCUUCAAGGGGACCAUUCAGAAGAUCACCCUGAUGGGCACGCCUAUCCUCCGGCAAGAGAACGCGCUGCACUCCAGUGACGUGGCCAUGUUCGAGGGCCACACCUGCAGCCGUGAGCCCUGCCACAACGGGGGUCGCUGCAACCCCCUGCUGGAGAGCUAUGAGUGUGUGUGCCUCCUCGGCUUCACAGGCACACACUGUCAGAACACCAUCUUCGAGAAGUCCGCCGGGGAAACGGAGUCCAUCGCCUUUGACGGCCGGACAUUCAUUGAGUACCACAACGCCGUCACCAAGAGUGAGAAAGCCCUGCUGGUGAACAAGUUUGAACUGAGCAUUAAGACCGAGGCCACUCAGGGCCUGGUACUGUGGAGUGGUAAGGGCGUGGAGCGAUCUGACUACAUCGCCCUGGCAGUGGUGGACGGCCGUGUGCAGAUGACCUACGACCUGGGCUCCAAGCCUGUGGUGCUGCGCUCGACGGUCCGCGUCAACACCAACCGCUGGAUCCGCAUCAAGGCCAGCAGAGCACUUAGGGACGGCUCUCUCCUGGGCAACGAGGCGGCGGUCACGGGGUCGUCGCCCCUGGCAGCCACUCAGCUGGACACAGACGAGCCCUCUGGUUGGUAGGUGCACUAAUGAGCUUGCGUCUUGGGUGGCUUGGAGGAGUUGGCUGUGGCCCGGAGACUGCCUAAGGCCUACAGCACAGGCUUUGUGGGCUGUGUAAAGGAUGUUGCGGUGGACGGCGUGGAGCUCCACCUGGUGGAGGACGCCCUGAACAGCCCCAAAAUAUUACACUGUUCCGCCUCUGGCACGGCAGCCACGGCCAAAAAAUAGCCUGGCUAAAAUCACUCCCUCCAUAAACGCCAUGUCUACUGCUGUAAUUAUUUUAUAUUUUUGUAUACUUUUCAUUGCUUUUUAUAUUGAAAAUAAAAAGAAUACGUUGUUUUAAUUUUUUUUUUUUUUUAUAUAUAUUUUUUUGUUUUCUGCGCCUCCUGUUCAUUCAUUAUCCUCGCCCUGAAACGCAGGUGUACAAACCGUACAUAUACGCGUACUUUUGUGUGACGUCGCGAGACAAGUGUAAGCUGUAUUCAUUGUGUUGUUUUGUUGUUUUAAAACAAACAUGAACAAAACCUCUCCCUCGCUCAUUACUUGAACACUGGUGAAUCACAUUGGUGCUCUCUAUUAUUUCCUUGUCUUGAUGCCAUAUCAUUCACUACCACACAACAUAGCCUAUAGAAAUACAUACAUACAAACAUUCCCCUGUGAGAUACAUACUGCUGUUUCCUUGGUCAUGGUCAUUAGAGCACACUGUUAUAAAACGUUUUUAAAACAUUUUGCAACGGAAAAUGAAAACGGGCAUGUUUUAUUGGGCGUAUCUGUUUCCUUCCGUUUGGUGCCUAAUGAACAGGACAAUGGUAUCCUAGAACCCUCUGCUUGCUACCAGUAGGGCUGCUCAGAAUGAACUUCUGAAACCGCUUAAUCAAACUCAUCAAACAGCGCAAAUGCUCUACAUUGCCUCUCAAUCAACGACUUGAGUUUUGAAAUACUUCACUAUUCGCAAACCCCCAGAGCUGAACAAAGACAAAGUGCCCUGCAUUCAAGAACAACACACAUAUCAUCAUUCCACAACAUGCAUCAAUCAAGAAAUGUAAUAAUAAUUGAAUUAAAUAAAUGUAAUAAAUAUAGACUAUAUAAAUACCUGAGACUGUGAAUAUGUAAGAUUGGUUCUCUUCUCAAGAAUUGUGAAUCUCAUGUAUUGUGCUUUCUAUUUUACAAUCAGGAUGACCAUUAGUUGCAUGCAGUUUCUGCAGUGUUGGUUUUGUUUUGUUUUGGUUUCACUGUGUUGCCGGCCAAGUUACCUGUCGCGAACACACGUUGUGUUUUACAAAACGGUUCAACUAUCUGAUUUCACUGAGCUAGGAUAACUAUUUAAUUUUGGUGGGGUCCUUUUUUGAGCACUUGUUUUUCUAUUGGAGUUUGUUUUGCUGGACUUGGAAUGGCUCAAAAGGACAGGUUGUUGUUGUUACCGCAACUUGCCUGGUGGGAGUGCUGUAAGCUCAGGCUGAAGAGAGGACCGACCAAGAGGAAGAGGAGAGAUACUGUAUCAUACCAUAGGAGGCAAUAGGACCCUCAAAUGCUCAGUCAUGGAAUGUUCAGUAGUCAAUGAAAUUCUUCAGUCUUUCAAACUUCAAAGUCCAUUUUUUUAUCAAAUUGGAACGAAGACUGGGUUAUACUUUCUCUUGCAUUACGAGUGAUCCAUCUCUUGCUGUUGGAAAAGUGAUAAUGUGAUGAGUUGGGACAUUUGGCAGCAAAAUGAGGGAAAAAAUAGCAAACAUAAUCACAAUGACUAAUAAACGUACUUAUGCAUGGGUUUGUAUUGUCGAGAUGAAUUCUGUAACAUCCAAAAACUCAUAAUGCAAUGCAAAAACUAAACUGCAAUGACUGACAUAAACCCACUCUGGUUUGAUAUAUAAGAUACUUGGCAAUAUUAUAAGAGAAAACAAAUGCUUGUUCAAGGUUGAGUAUCAGUGGUAUUGUACUAGUUUGUUUAAGUUCUUCAUUAUUUUCCCCUCGCGAUACAAAAACGGCCAUUUUGUACAGCCCUGAAAUUUGUAAGUGAAAAUUUUGCAAUGUGUAAAACUGUAGAGGUUAUGUUUUUAGUGCUAUACACUGGAAAUAAGUCUGACUUGUCUGUUCACGACACACAAUAAUGAUGUUCCUAUGUCAAUGAGGAGGGGAAGAGCAUCGGAGUAUAUGGCUUUUGAGUGUAAUCAAGGACUAGUGUCCAAUCCAAGACCAGGAACCCUGGGUGUGGGUGUGUGUGUGUACACCACUGUAUUUACAUGUUGUAUUACUGUUGAAUUUGACCUAUUCCAGUAGUACAUGAACAGUGGGUUCCUGUGUUAGUGGCACUCAGAAGACAAGUGGCGCAGGCUCAAGAGUGAGACGACACGAUCUAAUGUCGGGGGGGUCAAAACUGUCUAUGAAUUGCCUUAAAACAGGUCAGCGGCCUACAGGUUGACAAAGUCAUUAUCCAUACUGUUCUGUGCUCUUACUUUGGCCAGCAUACUAGCCUCAUCAUCUUCAUGUAAAUUAAUACAUAAUAAUUAUAUUAAUAAUUCUCAUACAAAUCCUCAGAGGGACGCACAAAUGGUCGACCUCUGGCUUUACAUAAAAUAUACUAUUUACUGUUUGAAUCUAUUUUCUGUUCCUUAUUUAUGUCUUCAUGUGGAUUCCGUUUGGCCUCUGUAAACUACUGUUUGAUUGAGACACUCCUGAAGGGCAGUGCACCGAGUAAGAGUGGCAUGACCUGAUCAUUACUAACUUUAUUACCUUUGUCUUGUGUUCCUACCACCAUGAAAUAAAGUGUCAAACAAACAGACCUGACUCUG